AUUUCCCUUUCGUAAACGGUCGUUGCCAAUUAUAACGGUCGUUGUCAUUCCUGAGAACGGCCGUUGCCAUUUUUAACCGUCGAUGCCAAAUCGAAAACCAACCGAACCGACGACUUCUUUCGUGACUAGUUCGAGAGUGAUUUUCACUCAAGAGUGCUGUAUGACGUCAUUACCUGGCACUCUGUUUACAAGAUGGCGGAUCAGUCCACGUGCGCGAGUGCUGGACCAAAACCAUCCCAUUCUUCUGCAGACAAAAGAUCUAUCAAGAAGCCAACAGGGUGGAACUCUUUUUUUCAAUCAGUUGCGCCAGAUGUCACUGAACAACUCGGAGAUUCGGAGAUUGGGCAAGUUUCCAAAGUCGUUGGGGCUAUGUGGAAGCAAUUGUCUGCUGAUGUACGAAAGGACUGGAAAGAUAAAGCACAAUGCCAAAGAGAAGAACUUGAUAUGGGCAUUGCAGAAGAGGAAAAGUGUCCAUCCUGCAACACCACAUUCAAGAGGAAGAAGGACAUGAAGUACCAUAAAAAAGGCUGCCAUGAGUGUAUUUGUGAAAUAUGUCAUAAGCAAUUUAAUCAUGAGCAAAAACUGAAGAGACAUAAAAACAAAGAGCACAAUGCAACAUAUAAAUGUGGUACAUGUCAAAAGAGUUUCGCAGAGAAAAGAAAUCUCAAGAGACAUGAAAGUACCCAUUGAAAUAAAUGAGUUAUUCCAGAAAGGAAUAUUUUAUAUCAUUUUAACAUUGCUGACCCUAAUAAAUGUGGUACUGUAUCACUAUGUAUUAAACAAACAGAAAAACAAAACAAAAUAAUAAUAUACCAUUUAUUAAAAACUCAUUACAGUGA